GCCUUUUUACGCUCUAGCAUAUGCAACAGGCGCUGCCGUCCCCCUAUUCUGCGGCUUGCCUUAAAACGCUCCUCUUACAAUUGCAGUGCACCGUUGGUUCGUCGACCUUAUCCUUUUAGUGAAAUGACGUCUUCAGGGUAUGACCUCUCUAGCCAACCCGACUCAGAGUAUCUGGGUCCUCACGGUAAAAUUAGGUAUCAUAAAAACGAACGGGGCAUUGACAUUUGCCAGUACUAUUGGCCGGCAACCCCCGGCACGCAACCUAAAGGCAUCCUGGUGCUGGUGCAUGGGCAUGGCGGAUACCUCCAAUUCGACUGGCUUAAAUCCCAGGGCCUGGGCCGGCUAUGCUGCUACGAGGGCUCGCUGGUGGCGCGCCUCAACGCCGCCGGCUUCGCGGUGUGCGGCAACGACCACCGCGGCGCGGGCCGGUCGGGCGGGCUGCGCUGCUACUGCGACUGCUUCCAGGACUACGUGGGCGACGUGAUGCAGGUGGCCAGGUCCUGUACGACCCUGGGCCUGCCCUCCUUCGAGCCGCAGCUGCCCCUGUUCCUGGCGGGUAUGUCCAAGGGAGGCUGCGUGGCGCUCAUUGCGGCGAUCAAGGAGCCUGCUGUGUUCUCCGGUGUCAUCUGCCUGGCCCCCAUGGUGUCGCUAGAGAAGGUGGCCAAGAAGGGACUCAACCCAUACCUCAGGCCGCUGGGUGCCCUGCUCAGCCGGCUGGUCCCGCGCGCCCGGCUGCUGCAGGCCAGCCGCAACACCCUGUACCCCGACCUGCAGGAGGCGUACGACAAGGACCCCAACUGCUACCACGAGCCCACCCGCGUGCGUAACGCGCAGGAGUACCUGCGCGCCACCGAGUGGCUGACCCGGCACCAGGGGCAGCUGGGCGCCCCGCUGCUGGUGUUCCACUCGGAGGGGGACACCAUGACGGACCCGGAGGGGUCGAGGAGGCUGGUGGAGCAGGCCAAGAGCACUGACAAGCAGUUCGUGGCGCCGCCCAACAUGUGGCACGUGCUGCUCAAGGAGCCGGGGCACGAGCAGUUGGAGCUCCAGAUCCUGGAGUGGCUGGACAAGCGCUGCACUGCCCCGCCGCAGCAGCAGCAGCAGCAGCAGGGGCAGGGGCAGUAGCAGGGGCAGGGGCAGUAGCAGGGGCAGCUGUAACAGCGGCAGUGGCAAGCAAUGGUAUUGCAGCCGUGGUAAUGAGGGGAGGUGACAUGUCGCGGACGCCGCUGGUGAUGGUGGUGAUUGGCCUGACUGCAUGUGGAUGUGGGGCCACACCUGCAUGGACAUCAUCCUUCGCGUGCGGUGCGGUCUGCGGUGCGGUGCGGUAUAUGCCGUAAUUCAAAGAGCCCGUUGCGGGGUGUCCAUGGCGGCAGUGGUACACCCCUGGACCACUCCUGCUCAUCGUUAAUGCUGUGUAUUAUGUAUCUUUGGUUGUUCCUUUUCUUCUAUGGUUCUUCGUCUUGAGGGUUAUGCUUCUUUCAACGGGCGCUGAGUUUCGCGAAAGUGGGAUUGAUCAAAUGGCGGCCUGGUGGUGGGGGGGGGGGGGGCGCAGCGGCUGAGGGAUGUGUCGUGUGGCUGGGGGCUGUGAUUGUAGGGCUGUUUUACCAGUUGGCAGCACGAGCUGUCGCGGGGUCCAGCCGAUCAUCUCCUAUACUACUGGGCUUUUUGCUGCUACGAUGCUGAGGCUAACUAUGCCAGACCGUGUUGAGCGAUGAGUGGAUUAUGCGGUUUCUUAUCAUGCGGCGGUAUUUAUGAUUAAACGGCGGUAUAUAUAUACAGGAGGGCGGUGCUCGGUGCACGUGUCGUAGUUUGACAAGCGCGGCACAUAUUAGGUAGUGCUUUGUACUGUCGAUGUGAAGACAUGAUACAGCAAUUUGUGAUGGAGGAUGGCAUAUGACGGCGCUUUCGUUUCUCUUAUAUUACCGCGUUCCGCGUUCCGCGGGUGUACGCAAUGGCUUCCGAGAAGCUUGAAAACAUCCUUGCAAGGCCUGUUUUCACGU